AGUCGGCUUCUUUUAGCGAUGCAUGUCAGAACUGUUUGUCGGCGACAUUGACAACUAAUGUCAAAAUAGUACGAAUAAGUACGAUUUUAAAGUUAUUAAUAAAUACAUCGAAUUAGAUGUUACUUUAUUUUGUACAUAAUACCGCAAGGUAUUCACGUAUAUUUUAAAUGUAUUAAAGUUCUUAUGCGAUGCUAUUAGAAAUGCAAGUUUUCACAGCAUUUAUGAAUGUCGAGUGUACUCGAAGUUAUAUUGAUGACCUAUAUUCAAAAGAUCCUGCUAAAUGUCUUUCAUCGAUAAUUUGCAUAAAAAAUUCAGUAAUUGGUUCAAAUCGCCAAAAAGAGAGUGUUAUAGCUCAAGGUAUAGUCCCAAAGCUUUUAAGUUUGCUACGCGACAAAGACAUUAACACAAAUGUGCGUAUUGAAGCAGCCGUAACUAUUGGAUCUCUCGCCAAAGGUAAAGAAGAACAUGUGGAACUACUUAUCAAUUCCGGAACAAGUCAGAUCAUUCUGGAUGUAUUAGAAGAAAAUGAUCAAAGAUUAAUUGAUCCUUGUUUGUGUUGUCUCCGUACACUUUCACAACAUCCAAGUUCCUCCAAUGUAAAAUAUGAUGUGAAAAGUUUAAGGAAGUUAUUGAGUUUUGCUCACCCUAAAGAUUCUUUACAGCGUCAAUCGUGUGUUGCCAAUAUUUUAACUUCGGCAUGCAGAGGCCCUCAGGAACAAACUAUAUUAAGCACAAUUGGAGCUCCUGCAGCACUUACUACUCUUUUAUCUGUUCAAAAUUAUUCAGUUACAAUACCCAUUGUAACAUGUCUAGCAACAAUGUGUCUUAAUCAUCCAGUCGUUGCCGCAGUCUUAGUAGAUACUACUUGUAAGGGUAUAAAAUUACCUGAUUAUCUUGGAAUACUUAUUUCUAGAGACAGACCUAUUGAUAUGCAGUUAGGAGCUGCCAGAUGUUUAACCAAUUUGUAUAGAGCAGGUGCUCUUUCUUCUUGUGACCCAAUUGUUACUUAUCGAACUCUUCCCUGUCUUGUUAGGUUGUGUCAGAUUGACCAUCAAGAAACUCACAGAGCCUUAGCAGCAGAAACAUUGGCUUAUUUGACAGAGGUAGACAGUCAUUUGCAGCAAGUGGCAGCUAUUAGCAAUCAAUUGGUCGGUGCUUUGGCUGAUUUAUUGAAAUGCCCAAGUGCUGCUGCUCGUGGAGCUGCUUUUAAGGCAUUUGCAUCUUUGGGAGCAAACGAUGAAAAUAUCAGAAAAAGAAUAAUAGAUACAAAAUGUCUCAUGGAUAGAGUCGUAGAUGGUUUAGCAGAUGAAAACAAAGAAAUAAGAUUGGCAGCUGUAAGGUGCUUACACUCACUAAGUAGAUCUGUUCAACAAUUACGUACAACUUUUCAAGAUCACACUGUAUGGAGGCCAUUGAUGGCCUUAUUGACAGGUAUGUCACCAGAUUGUCCAAGCUCUGAACUUUUAACAGCCGCUUCUUCUGCUCUCUGUAACUUGCUGUUAGAAUUCUCGCCUGCUAAGGAACCAAUGAUACAACAAGGAGUUGUACAACUAUUAGCCACCAUGACAUCACAUUCUGAUCCCAGUCUACGUUUAAAUGGUGUUUGGGCUCUAAUGAAUCUCUCUUUCCAAGCUGAACAAAUAUUGAAAUCUCAAAUUUUAACAAUGCUGGGCACUGACCAAAUAUUUAGGUUACUUGCAGAUUCAGAUACAAAGGUUUUAAUGAAAACGUUAGGCCUAAUUAGAAAUUUGGUGUCUCCCCGUAUACACACGGAUAUGAUAAUGGCAUUACAUGGACCCCAAAUAAUGCAAGGUGUUGUUAUGGUAUUGGAAGGUUCCCAUCCGCCAGAUGUCAAAGAACAAGCUAUAUGUAUUUUAGGAAAUAUUGCUGACGGUGAACGAGCUAGAGAUCACAUAAUGUCAAAUGAAGAUGUACUCAAAAAGUUGAUUGAUUACAUGAUACACCCGGCACCAUGUUUACAGGAGUCUGCUGUUUUUUGUAUAAAUAACCUAGCACGAAGAGGAGAACCAGGAGUAUUAGAAAGACAGUCACGUCUGAAAGAAUUAGGGGUAGUCAAUAUUUUACAGCAGCUGUUGAGUACAUCUGACACAAUUCUAUUUAAUAGAGUGAAAUCUGUUCUAUGCCUAUUUGCCGAAUUGUGAUUUUUUUUAACUUUAAUUUUCUAAUUAAUUUGCACAUAGAGAACUUUAAAUAAUUUAUUGUGAUUAAAUGUAGACUGAGUAUGUAUUUAAAUAAAAAAAAGGUAUAAUAUGUACUUUAAGUUCUACUGUUGAAAAGUACCUAAAUAUUGUUUCUGAUUAUUCUUGUGUUAUUUUAUCGCACACAAUUACAUUGUGUUUAACACUA